AUGUCGAAAAACAAUACAAUGACCUCUGCGGUCUCUGAUAUGCUGUCACAGCAACAGCUGAAUCUUCAGCACCUGCAUAACUUGCAGCAGCAUACGAGAAGUAUGACUUCGGCAGAUCAUGCUGCUGUUUUACAGCAGCAACAACAACAACAGCAGCAGCAGCAGCAACAACAACAGCAACAGAAUACAAGCUUUCAAAAUGGCAGUUUGACAUCUGCAGAUAUAAAUCAGCAGAACUAUUUGAACGGACAACCAGUUCCUUCUACUAGCAAUUCUACGUUUCAAAACAAUAGGACGUUAACGAUGAAUUCUGGAGGGCUGCAAGGUAUAAUAAGCAAUGUAUCUCCUAAUAUCGAUUCGAAUACUAAUGUGACCAUUGCUGCCCCAGAUCCCAAUAACAACAACGGUAAAUUGCUCCAGGGAAAAAACUCUUUAACAAACACUUCAAUACUGUCGAGAGCUAGAUCUUCUUUACAGCGUCAAAGACUUGCUCAGCAACAACAGCAACAACAAGACCCUAGAUCGCCAUUAGUCAUACUGGUUCCCACAGCUGCGCAGCCAACAGAUAUUCUUGCCGCAAGGUUUUCAGCUUGGAGAAAUGUCAUCAAGUCAGUGAUUGUUUACUUAACAGAAAUCGCUUCUAUUCAAGAUGAAAUAGUUAGACAACAACUAAGAUUAUCACAUGCUGUACAAUUCCCAUUCUUUUCGAUCGAGAAUCAAUACCAACCAAGUUCACAGGAGGAUAAAUCAGUACAAAAGUUUUUUUUACCGUUGGGUAAUGGUUCGAUACAGGAUUUACCAACAAUUUUGAAUCAAUAUCACGAAUCCUUAGCAUCCAGCGCGUCUAAGGCAUCAAGGGAAUUGACCAAUGACGUUAUUCCUCGUUUGGAAGACUUGAGGAGAGACCUAAUAGUCAAGAUAAAGGAAAUAAAAUCACUACAGUCUGAUUUCAAAAAUUCUUGUUCCAAAGAGUUGCAACAAACCAAACAGGCCAUGAAACAGUUUCAGGAGUCUUUAAAGGAUGCACGCUAUUCAGUGCCAAAACAAGAUCCAUUUUUAACCAAGCUGGCGCUCGACAGACAGAUUAAAAAGCAACUUCAAGAGGAAAACUUUCUGCAUGAAGCAUUUGAUAAUUUGGAAACUUCGGGCGCUGAAUUAGAAAAAAUUGUAGUUAUGGAAAUUCAAAAUUCUUUAACAAUAUAUGCAAGAUUGCUGGGGCAAGAAGCGCAAUUGGUUUUCGAUAUAUUGAUAUCUAAGUUAGAUUCCGGAUUUUUCAACGUUGAUCCACAAUUUGAGUGGGACAAUUUCAUUUCAAGAGAUCCCAACUUUUUACUACCUAAUUUACCAAUGAGGACGUUUAAAGAAAUCGUUUAUAAAUAUCAAUUCGAUCCUUUAACCUACGAAAUUAAAUCCGGAUUUUUGGAAAGAAGGUCAAAAUUUUUAAAAUCCUAUUCAAAAGGAUAUUACGUGCUAACACCAAACUUUUUACAUGAAUUCAAGACUGCGGACAGGAAAAAAGAUUUAGUACCAGUGAUGUCGUUAGCACUAAGUGAAUGUACUGUGACAGAACAUUCCCGGAAAAACAAUACUUCAUCGCCAAAUUCGACUGGUUCGGAUGCUAAAUUUGUGUUACAUGCCAAACAAAACGGCAUAAUUCGUCGUGGUCAUAAUUGGGUUUUUAAAGCCGAUUCUUAUGAAUCCAUGAUGUCGUGGUUUGAUAAUUUGAAGAUCUUAACAUCUACAUCGAAUAUACAAGACAAGUAUAAAUUCAUUACACAAAAAUUAAACUUGAAUUCAGAUGGGAAACCCAAGCUAACUAAUAAUUAUACCAGCAGUAAGAAGUAUCAGCAGAAUAACGCCGAUAGUACAGUGGUGGAAAAUGAUGAAAACGAUGAUAUAAAUAGUAAUUAUGUGGGGUCCACGGUAACACCAAAAUUGGACAAUCAAACAAAUACGAAUACAUCCAUGUCUUCACUACCUGAUACUAAUGAUUCCGAAUUGCAGGAUCAGGUUCCCAAUAUUUAUAUUCAAACGCCAAUAAACGAUUUCAAAUCAUAA